UCCACACCCUUCCAGCAGUGCUGUGCUUUUCUUUAGCGACAACACCUAGAUUAGUCUUUGUUGCUUCUUUGGUGGGAAAGUUCUUAAAUGCUGGUGUUUUAGGUACUUCCCUUGCGCAUGUAUAUACGCUUUUAUGCUUUUUAAUGCUUCUGAAGACAUUUUAGAUUUAAUGGGAAUUUAAGAAGGGAUCGAUGAAGAUUUGCCUGUUACUGACAAUGAGAAAGUGUCCAGUAUUAACAUCUUGACGUCCCUUCGAGGAGCUGCAUAAGGCAACAGUAACGAUGGAAUCUUUAUCACUGCUGUCUUCUCUGAAAGGAGAAUUCAAGCCCGAAGACUAUGUUCUGCCACAUUACAAAGAAUCGUACCGCCUAGCCAUUGACACUCUAGUGAGUGGAGGCAAGGAGAGGUAUCAGGACUUUCUCGUGUCUGAGCGCAUUGGGGACUUCCUGUCGGAGGAGGAGCUGGAGUUCAUCAUGGCGAACAUGGAGAAGCCUCCUGCAGCCAGCCCCUCUGAGGAUGAUGAGGCACCACACGAUGACACACCCUCCACGGGGACCUACUGGCCGGUGGAUUCUGAUGUGGAGACUCCAGACCUGGACCUGGGCUGGCCUGAGUUCCUGCCUGAUCCCAUCAACCGCACCAAGAUUGAUCUGUUCUUCCACCCCCCUCGCCAAAACUGCCCCACCAUCAAAGAAGUUGUAAGAAAACACAUCCAGGAUGCAAGAAAGGUCAUUGCAAUUGUCAUGGACAUUUUUACAGACGUGGAUAUAUUUAAAGAGGUUGUAGAUGCUUCAGUCCGGGGAGUUCCUGUUUACCUACUGCUUGAUGAUUUCCAAUUCAAAAGCUUUCACACUAUGGCUGAAAAGCAAGAAGUUCAAGUCCAGAGGCUAAGGAACAUGAGGGUGCGCACAGUAAAGGGCCAAGAAUACCUCUGCAGGUCUGGAGCAAAGUUUCAUGGAGCAAUGGAGCAGAAGUUUGUCUUGAUUGACUGCCAGACAGUGGUGUAUGGUUCCUACAGCUUCAUGUGGUCCUUUGAGAAGAUCAAUCUCAGCAUGGUGCAGGUAAUCACUGGCCAGCUUGUUCAGUCCUACGAUGAAGAAUUCCGAAUGCUGUUUGCCCGCUCCACUGUACCUCAAGUAUUUGCUCCGGAGACCGUAUUGCUGGACAGUAAUAAUGGAAAGUGGCAGAAUGGAACUGGCCCUUUAGCCUCACAUGUGUCACAUGCUGGUCAACAGUUUGAACGAAGAGACCAUCUGCGACACACCCUUGACACAGUUUACAUGAAAGCUUGUGGAAGGCAGUACAAUUCGAAGAACAACCUGGGAGACUAUGACAGUGAUGUAUAUCAUAAAAGAACACCUACCUACACACCAGCAAUCCAUACCGGCUUCAACGUACAGAACAGAAUUCAACAAUUUCAGCUUCCUGAGACAAAAAAUUACUUGAAAAGACACAGUUAUGCUGGAGAGAAACAAGAAAGUACCUAUCUUCCCCAGAGGGCUACAAGAUACUUAUCCAGCAACUGGAAUGUGGCAGCAGACAGUGAUAUGCACACUGCACCUGGAAGGAAUGAAUACCUCUCUGGUGGUAUUGGGGAUCAGUACCACCAGGGAAGACUGACCCAACCUUACAACAGGACGUCAAAUGUCCGACAGUCCUUUCAUGGCACUGACAAGCAAGUCCUUUCAUUGCAACAAAACAUGCCAACUCUAGAGCGAACUGCAAAGUCCUUCCUGAGGACAUGGAGGAUUGAAUCAUACCUGAAUAACAGUGACUUUCCUGCUGGGGAGUCUGGGGACUACCUGGAUCACCUUACAAUCCCCUACGAAGGUAUGGACUGCAAAGACAACAAACCGAAUCCCCUUUACAUGCAUUCACGCAUGCGAUCCUCGCUAGUCUUCAAGUCCACGAUACCAGAGCAGCCAGAAUCUAGCAGCUUUGCAACCAACUCAUCAUCUUCUAAGCUACACGAUGAUCCAGCUCUUUCAUGCGGCAACAAGUUUUAUUCCUCACUGCAGAGAAACCCAGUAGUGCCCAUGGAAAACAUGAUGAGACAGGAAGACUACGUGCUAAAAAGACGCAGUCUGCAGAUCUACGAUGAACCCAAGACAAAUCUGAGCUAUGCAAAUGGCAAAGAACCCUACCACUCUGUUUACUCCACCCUUAAGAGAGCACCAUUAAAGCAGCCUGAUUUUGCACAAAAGGAAGAGAACUAUUCUUAUAACAGGCAUAACUUGAAUGGCUCAAAAUCAAAUGUGGACUGCAGUGCUAGAAAUGGAUCAUCUAGCUACAUGUUUGGAGCUCUUGGACAGACGAAUACAAUGGUUCAGAAUGAGGCUGAGAGGACUGUUCAGAAUAAUCCUGUUGUUCCUCAAAUGGAGGGACAGAGAUCAUCUUCACAGCACAACAUUAAGAAUGAUGUGGACAAACACGUGCCUUCAAACUCUAACUGGCAGACACCACCCUUGCGAACUGUGUCUGUUAGCUCUCUUGGAGAAAGCAAUGGCCAACCCUCCCUGAAGUCAAACAAAGGGAGUGAAGGUUCACCACGCUUCUUCAAAAAGAGCACCAAAAAGAUCAAAUCUCUGCUCAGCUUAUCAGACAAAAAAGAUAGCUCUUCCAAGAGCAAAAAUGACUCCAAUUACAAAAUGUGUAGCAGUUCUGACACUUUAAUAUCUGAUGAUGACGACCAGAAUUCCAAAUCGGGCAAAGGGAAGAACGGCAGCACAACGAAUUCCAUCAAAUCUGUUGACAGCACUGCCCAUGCCAAAGCAAAUUCGAAGCCUCAAGCAAAGGAAAAUCAUUUUUCACAUAAUGUCGGAGGUACAUCGGCCCCGCGAUUCGGGACCGAACAGCUCCAUUAUCAGACCGAGCAAGAGCAGCGAAGCACCUCCGACGUCUCCAACGUGCCUCCCAGCACCCUCGAGCGGCAGAGGCCGCAGUCGGGCAGCGCUCGCUACGAGAGGCCGGGCCUGGCGACGGAGGCCUUCCGCAGGAGCCGUCUCAGCGAGAAGCGGGUGUACAGCCGCUUCGAGCCCUUCUGCACCUUCGAGAAGCAGCUGUCUCCCGCGGACCACACGGUGACCGCCACCACGACCAUCCACGCCCCCGAGAAGAAGAGCCUCUUCAGCAGCCGCGCAGGAGCCGGUUUACUGCCUCACAACGGUGCGGGGUACCAGGCAUACCCUCCCCAUGAAAACAAGUUUGGGAGAUUCAUGCAAAGAGUGGGAAAUUUCAUUCACAAACACAAGUGAGCGGAGACGCCGGACACUGAGGAUGGGAAACUCAUCACACCAAUGUCACAUCAGGACAAACUGAGAAGCAGAUUUCUUGGGCACGUUUUUUAGAAUAUAUGCUGUAUAUGUACAGUAUCCUCCUAGUACUGGUCUUGGGGUCAAACUGUGUACUGUGUAUUAUGUAAUGGACUACAUUUUGUAUUACCUCACAUACUGUAUGUGCUUUUAUACAGUCUGUUCUUUUAUUGUAAAUAUUGUAAAAGCCAGAUACAUAGAACUGUUAACCUGUAGGGAGAUAAAUGUGAUAUUUGCAUUUUAAGGCGUAAAGGGAUCGUUCUUUGUAUUCAGGGUUUCAGGAAAAAUAAGAUGCAAAGCAAAUAUUUUAAUCCAGUCUGAUGUCAGUGGAGUGCAAACUCAUUGCAAAGUGGAGAGAUAACACGAAUUUCUAGAGUAGCUACACAGACUUUAGAAUCUUUAAAAAAUAGGUGUAAUGGGAUAUUUCAUGCUACAUUACAGAAAUGUGUGGUAGGGACAGUCUAUAGCAGGCUUAAUUAGUAUUAUAAUUAGACACAUACCUGUGAACAAAACUGAUGCCAUUCAAUGAAAACCCCAGUGUAAUUACACAAUUGAACCAACAAAUGGAUUUUAAACACUCCUUUAUUAUCAUCAAUAAUUACCCAAAUAUGCAGUUAAUAUGUUAGCAAGUUAAUACUGUCCAGCAAGAUGGGGCAGUGGUCAGUGAUCUGCAUAGAAUCUGUAUACAUACUGGUUUGCUCAUUGGGUUCCAAACAAAUUGUGCUUUUUGUGAGUGUGUGCGUGUUUGUGUCUGUGUGAUGGACAGGGUGUAUCCUGCCUUGAACCUAUUACUUGCUGGGAUAGACUCCAGCUAUUCAUGUUCUGCUCGGUUGUGGUUAACUAGAUGAGCUGGGUCAGCUUUUCCCAAAGCAGGUUCACACCUGUGUGCUGAUGUGAAUGAAGUCAGGUGACACAAUGAAUUGCUGCCUCACGAUUUUUCAUCAUUCUCAGAGGGGAGUGACUGAGGUUUGUAUCAAUAUUACCAAAAAACAUUUACAUUCUGCAGAAAAUCCCUGAUACAUCAUUUAAUAUGGCUCACUACUGUAUAACUCUGGCCAAUUAUUUGCUACUAAUCCCAUUUUAUGGACAGCUUACCGCAGUUCACUUCCUGGCAUUCUUAUUGUUCCUCUUUACUAAAAAAAUUAAAUGUACCAUUUUUUUGCAAAAAGUGAUCCAGGAGCACUUCUAGUGUGUCACAGUAUUCAGAAAGGCAAUGCAGUAGACAGCCCCACUGACUUCAUGGUAACAGCUCUCAUUCUCAGGAGAGGACCGAUAUACACCAAGAAAACUACUGCCCAUCAAGUGGAGAAGUGUCAUAGUACUGAAGAAAUUUAGGUAGGCUUGACUGAACAAGACAGGAGUGGACUUUAGCCAGGACACUGGGGAUUAAACCACUCUUAUAAAAAGCGUUGUCUGGUCAUUAAAGACCAAGUAAGCAAAAGUAAGCUGGACCUUGUAUAGUGCCAUGUCAGAAGUAUGACAGAUCCAGCAGCACGGUCUCCCUUGUUACAACACUGGGGCAUUGCAUUUGAAACCUCUGGUGCAGGAGGAAGAGCUCCACCUACUGGUCCCACCAACAGUUACUACAGCAGUCACCUGAAUUUCCUCAGAUGCCUCCACUCCUGGUACCAACUCUGCUUGGUACCUCUGCUUAUUUAGCUUUUGAGACCCAAGGAGAUCAUUUCAAAGUGGCAAUCUUACUGUCAAAACGCAUAGAGAAAAACGAGACAUCAGCCUUUCAGAUUCACAACAUCAUUUUCAGCCUGUAUUUUUUUAAAUGGGGGAAAGCCUCCAUAAAGCUAAUAGGACCACUGCCACAAAGCUCUCAGGCUCCAGUAAUACUCAUGUGUACUGUGUGAAUUUUACAUGGGAUCUUGUCAUCAUGUUGACAUUGGAUUUCUCCAGGUGUUGUAGUCUGGUGUCCCUGAAUUGUCCUUUUCUUCUUGCAUGUGUGUGGGUGCUCUCGAAUGGGCUGGUGUCCUGUCUGUUGUGAAGAAGUUCCAUACUGCACAUUGAAACACUGGUGUCUGUGAGCAUUUUUUAAAAAGAAUGAAACAAGUCAAAGUACAGUGCAGUGAAAAGGCGCUAUGAUAUUGAACAAAAUACUUUGCAUGCAUAAGAAUUUCUUCUGGAUUGUCAGUGAGAAACCUUAACUAGUUCAGAUUCACAAAAUUACUUUGACAAGUCACAUAAUUAGUUAUAAAGUGUUAUUAUCAUAACAGGCAAAAUAGGCAAAAUAACAGGCAAAUCUUAGAUAAACACCUGCAUCAGUCUGCUAAAGACCUAAACCUGUGACAAAAAUUCACCUUCAAGCAAGAGACCAACCUUCUGAAUGAUACAAAGGCUUAACAUCAGGGAAAGUGAACGUUCUUGAGUGGGCCAGUCAAAGUGACAUGAAUCCAAUAUGGAAAUGAAAAUUCUUGCCAUCAACAAGCUCCAACCAAUCUGGAAAGUAUGGGCAAGUUUGCAAAGUAGAACGGGCUAAAAUUGCACCCAUGUGCAAAGUUGGUAGAUGAAUGGAUGCCUUCCAGCAUGUAGGGGCAUCACCAUCCUGUUGCUGUUUCUGUAACAUUCAUUUUGUACAGGAGAGGGUUGUUAGCCUUGUGCCCAACAGCCAACAUGGAGGACCUGGUGCCCAACAUGGGACAUGAACCCAGUACCUGAGAUUAUGAGUCUCAUGCUCAACCAACAGAACUAGUCGGGACCCAAAGCUGGUAGAGACCAACCAGCAUACAGUAUUUUAAUCUUUUUGCUUUGCUGUUAUAGCUGACAUUUAACUGACCAUUCACACUUUGAUUACAAAUAUUCAUAUGAAUAAAAUGUGUAAAUACAAUAUAAUUUCUAAAUCAACAUAAAGCAACAUCAUUGGAUGGGGGUUCAUACUUUGCAGGUACUGUCCUGUAUAAACUGUCCUACUGUAUAUCUAUUUAAAUACACAUCUUUUCACACUGUUUAGCAGAAUGUUCUACUUUAAGCAGUGCGUCUGCUGUCUGCUGUAAUACGCAGCACAUCUGAGUGCUGUUAAUGAGUGCCAGUUAAAGCAUGCAGGGGUUUCUGUGUCGUAUGCCUUACAAUUGUGUGGUGUUUUGUCCAAGUGAUUGCUAAGUAGUGUAUGUAGUUCUUAGAGUGCAGAGAACAGUCUAAUACAAUGUCAUUCAUUCAUUAGCAGUAUCUCGGAAGUCAUCUUUAAAUGACACCACGUGACUAGUACUGGAGAGCAAAAAAGUUCAUUAAAAGUAAUUUUCCAAUCUCUGUCUAUGUCUUUGUUUGUUAUGUGCAGCGUGUAAAGUAUCAUGGAUAGAGAGAGAUUUUGUGCUAAAGUGUCCUAUUUUAAAAAGGGAAUAAAAAGAAGUCAACCAUGAAAAGUAUUUUCUGUACUGUUUUACUGCACUGUAAAACAACACAAAAGCAUCUACAUCCAAUGCUUUCUGGAUUCUGCAGAAUGUUACCCAAGCAUCCACUGUAAGUGUUUUUUUCAGCACACUGGCAGACAGGAAGUCAAGCUCUAUGCACAGAGAGGCAAAGUGAUUUUGUUAAUCCAUAUGAACACAUGGUUCCCAAAAUGAAAACCUAUUUUAGAAAAGUCAAUUUAAUUAAUAAGUAUACUAAAAAGUCACAAACACCCUAAUCAUCACCUUGAUGAUCCCUUGUAGAUGCAACACUGUGGUAUAUGUUUCUUAAAGUAUUUCAGUAUCUAUCUACUUCUUACCUAUUGUGUAUUCCAUAAAGAAAUGUUUGUACUGUAAGAAAUACGAAA